AUGAAGUUGAGUAGUUAUCUCCUCGCUACCAGUGCAUGCCUGGAAUACCUGGUUCCGCGCGCGGGAGCGACGAAUGUUUCAACCUCUUACAACAGUGCUGCUCAAGACGCCACAGCAUUCGCAAUUCAGUAUGCAUAUCCAGUUUCUCAAUGGCAACAAGCCGUAAGAAAUAUUCUCGAUGCCGUCAACAAAACAAAUACACUAUGGCCCUACCAUACGCUUUCCGGUCCUCUAAAUCGCACAAUAGUUGGGCCUAAUGCAGACACGUUGUAUAUCUGGGCUGCUAUCGACUUGUCGCAUGAAGACCUUGUCCUGACCAUUCCCAAUAUCAGUGAUGGAAGGAACUGGAUAUGGCCUUUUUACGACAUUUAUGGCAACAAUUUUGCGGGAAUAUCAAUCAACACGAACUCUCCCCCGGGAGACUAUCUGAUCAGACGUGCAGAUGAUGCUCUUGUCCAGCCCGGAAUCAGAUACACCACUCCGGCUGAAUUAUCAACCUACAAAGGCGUAAUCUCUUAUGCUACGACCUACGGUAUCCUGCUCGGCCGUAUUCUUGUACGUCAAAACACUACGAGCGAUAUUGAGACCAUACGCAGUUAUCAAGACCAAACUUUCCUCAGGACAGUCCCACGUACAAUGUCUCAGCCGUUUGCAGCACAAGCACCUCGACUAUCACGUGCCCUCAUUGACACUUCGAACGCCCCGAACAGAGUCACGGGCUAUCUAGACCUGCUGGCAAAGAUUGGACAGUUCAACCAACCCGAUGUGUAUGCAGACCGGUAUCGUGUAGCAUCGAAACUUGGCCUUGCUGGCAUUGCAGAUGGAGUCUACACCCCGCCUCCUGGAAUCAAUCUCACCGCUGCCACCGUCGCAGCAAACGCAAGCAUCUCCGCAGCUUAUUCUCAAAACCUGAUUGAUGUUGGCAACAACUGGGUAAUUCCCAAGGUGGAAUGUCAAGGCAUCUUCGGCACUGAAUACGGCUGUCGUGCGUACCGCGCACUCCGCGGUUAUCUGGGCCUCGUACAAUCCGAGAACCUCUUCAUCACGAAUAAAUCCGAUAAUGUGACUUUAAGUGCGAAUUCCGCAUUUCUAUUUACUUUCUUCGGCAAACCCCCAAUCAAAUCAACUGGGUUUUGGAGUUUGACUGUGUAUGGCGCGGAUCAAUAUCUGGUGCCCAACAAGCUGGGAAGAUACGUCAUUGGAGACCGCAGCACACAGUUGAAAUUUGAGAGUGGAGGUUUGGUGUAUGGAAAUGAUUCCAGCGCUGGAAAUGGAACGGCGGAUCGCAGAUUUCAGGUCUUACUGCAGCCUGCUGAUAUUCCCCCACCAGAUAAUUGGACCAGCAACUGGCUUCCGGCCCCGGUGGGUGGCGGUAAGCUUCUGUACUCGAUUCGGUUCUACUCACCAGCCGAGGCAUUCACUAAUGGCGAGUACACGUUUCCAACUGUUGAGACUAUCGAUGCCAUCAGGUCUUAG